UCCUCCUCGUGCCAGAGGAGGAUAAAAAGGCUCAUGUCCACAUUUUCACCCCAAGAACUCUCACCAUGCUGCAGCUGUUGACAUUCCUGGUGGAGAAGCUCUCUCUUCUCUCCAAAUUCAGAAUCUUCGAGUCCAGCUGGACUGAAGCUGAGGAUGAGGACCUGCAGAGGCACGCGCACCGCUGCCCCCCUCCUGCCCUCCGGAGGGGGGACCUACUGGAGGUCCCUCGAACCCUUUUCACCCACUACGGCAUCUAUUUAGGCGACAACAGAGUGGCUCAUCUCAUCCCUGACAUCCUGCCCGUGUUCACAAGCGACCAGAAGCUCAUCAGCUCGGUCAUCACCAACAAGAGACUCAUCCUCGGCUGCAUGUACAGGUGUGCCACAGUGCGCGUGGACACGUUAGAGGACUUUGCGUACGGCUCCAGUAUCCUGGUGAACCGUACUGAUAAGAUGAUGAAGAACCAGGCAUUUGCUAAUGAAGAUGUGGCCAAGAGGGCAGAGAAACUUAUCGGAGGAAUCCAGUACAGUCUGCUGUGGAAUAACUGCGAACACUUUGUGACCUACUGCAGAUACGGCUCUGCAGUCAGCAGGCAAACAGAGAAGGUACAGGCCAUGCUUUCAUACAUUCAUUCUGCUUUUCUGAAAUCUCAUACACAUUGGUCGGGUAUGAUUUUCCCCCUCAUGCAUUAUGCAGAAAGACAAUAAGUUUCCCCAUGGAGAGCAUGGAAGUUUGGGGUUAUUAUUACGCACAAAAAGAUGCUGUACUCAAAAUCUUAAUCCCUUUUUGAGGUUUAUUCUUAAAUGUACUUAAACUUCUCUGUUUAACUUGUCAGGGUGUGUGUGGCCCAUGUUGACCCCUCCUCUCAUUCUGUUUAGAUCUCCUAAAUUUUAGGGUGCUCAAAGCAAAACAAUCCCCCAAAAGACAGCAUUUCCAGUAGAUUAAAUAUCAGAUUAACAUUAAUCUCCAGUCAAUCCAUACACACAACAAUCAAUAAAGAUGAUAUAUUCACAACAGAACAAGCAAACCAUUUUAGACCUUAUUUACACCCUUGGAUUGCAACCACAGCUCAAAAUAGUGUGUUGUGUUCGACUUUAUUUUAGCCCAGUAUUUUUUUUUAGGAAUGUCGACCAUAUUUAUGGAAGACUGAACCCAUGGUAUAAAACAAAUAAGGCCUUAGAACUACAGUCUGUUUCACCAGACAUGACCAAACCUUUAGGUCAGGGUAGUGGUGGGCGAUAUGGACAAAUAAAUAUAUCUCCAUUUUUUUUUUUAUUUCUCGAUAACGAUAAUCCCACUGAAAAAACUUGCUUUGUCAUAUAGUACAUGUUUGCUGAAUGACUCGGCGAGGGUUUGCUGAGUGUGUUGUGCAGCUUUACGCUGCCCAUCUUACAAAUAACUUUAAUUUGACUUACGUAGGUCUUGUCAAACCCAAACAAUUUCCAGGUUAAGGACAUGAACCCACGUCAUGCCAUUAAAUCAUCCGCUGAGACAGGAGACUCCUGCAUAUUUCCUCCAUGUGAGACUUUGUUGUGUUUUGGUUGCUGCUGAGUCACGUGACCGAAUCCUGUCCACUGAUUAGCUUCUGAGGCACGCAUUCGACCAAUGAGGACUUUCAUGCACCUCUCCUUUGCCGUCUAUGCACCGUCCAUUUGUUUUUGUCCGAGACAGUAUAAAUACUCGAUAUUGUAAAAUGGCACAUUGUCAAAGCAACGUUUAGGAUGUUAUCGUAGGCGAAAUGUAUCGCCCACCACUAGGUCAAGGUUUUCUUAAUAGGACACUGUAACAACCCUAAAUGAUACAUUUAAGUAUUUUCUAAAGUGAUUCAGCUUUCAAGACAAAGUCUGCGGUGGAGUUUCAGAAAAAAUGGGAAGUUGAAUAUCAGACUCAGCGUUUGUGAGGAACUAUCUAUUUGGUGCCCCCCUGUGGACAAAACAAACUUUAAAUUGUUGUAAAUUGCUGAUUUUGUCCUCUUCUUGUGAGAGUGGUAUCUUAGAUAUAAAAAAUAUAUUCCUGUUGUCUUUUUACAGCUCAAUUAAUCACUCUCUGCUAAUAGUUGCAGUUAUAAAGGUAGCCAAGGCUGUUUCUUUGGCGUCUUUGACCCCCUUAUAGAAGUAACAAGCAUUCAGAAUUUAGAUAUAGAAAUUGCCAAUCUUUUUGUUGAUGGUCUUACUUGCUUACGAACAUCAUAGAGACACAUGACUGUUCAUUUUAGCCUAUUUCAAAAGCUCUUAAAAUUCCUGACAGGAGCUUUAAACUUGGACUGAAACUGAAUAUAAGUCAAGCUGUUCUCAUGGUGAAAAAUCUCCCCUAUAUAAACCCUGACAUGUGAAAUACUGAGCUAUUCUUCUGUCUUUGCAGUUCUGUGAGUGCCUGAAAUCCAUCAUCAGAGACCAGCGCAGCGUGAUUGUCACAAGCCUUCUCGGCCUAAUCUCCAUCAUCUCUUUCGGCAUGGCGCCAGCAACUACAUUACCCACAAUCCUCAUCCCCUUCACUCUGUGGAUGGCUGGUUGAGGUGGCUCAGCCCAAUAAGCCUGUAAACAAAGUGAAUGUUUUGGACUGACUGGAGACAUGCUCCGGGUUUUGCAGGCAUGUGAAGCCUUAUGAGUCUGUUCUGAAGCGAUAUGUUGAUUGUAUUGUGUAGAAGAUGUGUAAUAUUUUGUGUAAUAUAUGUGCAUUAAUCAUGUUUUACAUGCCUUAUAUUUGUCCUGCCAUGUGUUGAGGCCUGUAACAAAGCAUAGUAUUUGUUCGGGAAGGCUAUGAAGCCAAGCCUGGCCUACAACACAUCAGCUGCUCCUGACACAAACCCAUAUCAGCUGACAAGGAAUUGGCAAAUAGCAAUGCUUCCUACGCAAACUAUUUCGCAACCCUCUACCUCUCGAACCCCCUCGUUUUUACGCUGGAUCUGAUUUCAAAAGUGCCAUAUGUGUUUUCACUGAUGCCUGCUCUGUUUUGCGCCCUGAAUGUCUUCGUUGCUACUCUCCCUGCUUUGGCUUUUCACGUGUGCACACUAAACAGAGGGGAGGUGUGCUCUCCCUGCCUGAAGCCUGUGAAUUCCACAUUUGCACGUGGAAGAGCAGUACAGAGCCAAGUGGUCCUCACUGAAUUUCUGUUAUUUUUUAUAUGAGAAUGUGGUUUGCUAACAUUUGAGCCACUACAAAGUGAAUGUUCCCAAAUAUCAAUGUAUAUAAAUUCAAUGUUUUAUAGAAGUUUGCUUAAUAUAAUGUUGUAAAUAUGACAAAUGCUUAUUAAACAAUUUAUUUUUACUUGUGUGUUCAGAGAGUAAUUCAUAAAUCAAUUAAAAAAGACAUAUGUUUUUAUCA